CUUUAUGUAUACUGACAAGGAAGAAGUUCGGCGCUGCUGGAAGCAGGGCCAUGUUCAGUUCGGCAGCGGAUAGUCUGCUUCGGCAGGCCAGAGAGCUCGGGGAUGAGGAGCUGGAGAAAUUCUGUGCCCGGACACGGAGUCAGCUGCUCAGCGGGGACGUGGAGCGCUUAGACAGUCUGCGGAGGCUGCACCUCAUCGUCUCUGCCGGUAGGGGGCGCCGCAAAUUGGAUCCUGCCCUGGUGGUGCAAAUGCAAGAAGCUGUGUGCAGUCUACAAACCCCAGCUCAGGUGCAGGCUGUGUGUGCUGCCAUCUUGUGCCAGCUGUGCCCCUCCCCAUUGGUGACAGUGUCAUGGGCCCCCACACAGCAGCCCCGGGGCCCUCUGUUUUCCAUCAUAUUGGCCCAGGCCUCUCCCAGUGACAUUAUGGAACUAGGGCAAUGUAUUUGCCAAACUUUGGAGAUGCGGGCCCCGGAGGGCCACAGCCUUAGAGCAUUCCUCCCUGCUCUGCUGAGGGUAUCUGGUGUCUGUGCUGAAAGUCUACAGGAAGAACACGUCAACAUCGUCCACAAGAAACUGACGGACUGGCUGCGCUAUGCCACCAUCCCACAGGUGGGCACCCCUGCCCCCGGAGGCUUCUUCUCCAGCCAACGAGUGAAACAGCCCAGCCUUAUCUCUGAGGUGGACGGAUCCAUCGCAACAGACUUCUUCACUGUGCUCAACCACAGCCAGAACUACACCGAGGACCAGUGGAUGAAUAUCCAGGGCUUCUCCACCCUGCGCCAUUGGCUCCUCCAUUAUGGGACAUAUGGUAAUGCUGGUUCUGAAGACAAAUCUGAGGUGGAAGGUUCUGUGGUCUCCAUGGUCUCUGCCUCUUCAACUUCAAGCCGCCUCCUGCCGCCGAGAGAACGCCUGAGGGAAAAGGCCUUUGAAUACUGCCUGAGACUCAUUGAGCAGUGCAACCGAAAGCCCCUGAAGAAGUCCGACGCAGACCUACAGAAGGCAUGCCUGGUGGAAGCAGUGUCCCUGAUAGAUGUUCUGUGUAAGCAGGAUGUGUCCUUCCUGUAUCGCACCUUGCCGCUCAUGAAGAUCCUGCAUGCCAGGGUUUGUUCUGACCCAUCUUUGGCCCUUGUGCUUCUUCCAGUGGCUCAAUUUUAUCUCAACCACAGUGAAGCUGCUGCUGUGGAAUCGGAGGCGGUGUACAGACAUCUCUUCACCAAAGUGCCCUCUGACAUGUUUCAUCAACCUCUGUUUGCAUUUCAGUUUGUCAGGUUUUGCAGGACCAAUGGCUCCUUUCUGGUGGAGAAUGUGGAGGCUUUCAGAGGGAGCUUUCCCAGCAUAAUGAAGCUUCUGGCAUGGAAUGCUCCAUCACUGAUAUCAGAAUUUGUCGCUCUUCUUCCUAUACUCAUUAGUCCAGAGUCUGCUAUUGAGAUGCUUCAUACUUUGCUGGACCUCCCAUGCCUUACAGCAGCAAUGGAAGUCCAUCUUAUUGUGUCCUCAAUGGAGAAGCACGGCCUAGACCCUUCUGUGUUGCCACCAUCAUCUACGGAGGCCUAUCGCCAUCCGAUUUACAGCACGUUGUUCCAGUAUCUGUUACGUAAUGAGGCCUGGAAUGGGCUUCCUCCAGAAGGAUUCAUUAAACUUCGCCAGAUCCUUGCAGACAGGAACAGUUCUCCCCGUGUCCUUCAAUGUUCUCAGAUUGUUCCAUGCCUCCUUCAGCUCUAUGUCAAUGUCAUCUCAAAGUUUGCUGAAGGUCCUCUUGUGAAUAAAGUUAUCUUAACGUUCCUUGAGCGCAGUGGUCUCUUAUAUGAAUCCCUUUCAUUCCAGACUGAGGUGCAGGGCAUUCUAAGUGCUCAGCUACCUAAUCUGUGCCACCAAUACCCCUCUGUUGUUGUAGAACUUUCUAGAGAGUUGCUACACUUUGUAAGUACGAUUGGUAACAUCCAGAACAAGGAACCAUUAUUUGCACAUGUGGUCUGGGCUUUGGGAGAAUAUCUGGCCGUGUCCUAUGACAAGAGAUGUACCGUAGAACAAAUCAAUAGGGUCUUUGAGGUUCUGGAAGCACUACUGUUUGAGAUCACCCAGCUUCGUGGUUCUUCCAGUACGCCAAUCUCCUCACCUCGUGUUAUUACAACUCUUAUGACUACACUUGCCAAACUGGCGUCGCGUAGCCAGGAUCUCAUUCCAAGGGUUUCGUUAUACUUAUCCAAGAUGAGGUCAUGUGUACAGAGCUCAGCCAUGAUCUCUGCAUACGGGGAGGAGGACAGUGAACAGAUUCUUAUACGAGCCACAGAACUUCUAAACCUGUUGAAGGUGCCUAGUGUGGCACAGUUUGUUCUGACUCCUCCUCCUGAGGUUUCCAAGCCAAAUUUUCACCGUGAUCCAUCUUCCUCUCUGCCACUUGCUAUUCGUACCUCAAGUUAUUUGCUGCUGAGAGAGAAGACACUGCCUGGAUGAGUGACUGGAGCAGUAAUGGCUACCAUCCAUCAGACUAAUCUUAACAUGGACUUUCUAUCUUUAUUUUGCAAAUACGCUGCCAGAAUAAUUUUAUAUUGUCAGGAUGAAAACCAUUUUUGGAAUUUUGAUCAGUAUUAAAUAGG